GUGCGCUUGGAUUGCUGCAGGUCUGUUGAUGUAUCGGCUCAAUGCAGUAUGGAUUAUUACAGCGGUACAUAAGUGCGUACUGUAAACAUUUUGUUUCGCUUUUGCUAGCAUUAGUAGCCUAUCUUACGCAUUAGUAGGUUUGAAGGGUGGCUCAGUCAGUGAGUGUGGUGUCAUUCAGGGACAUUUAUGCGCGGCUAGACUUUCUCAUUCGCAGAAUGCUUGAACUGCCAGUUUCGUUGAGAUGUUGACAGCCACGAUUUGGAUUAGUGGUUCUUUCCAUCAUGCCGGUGCUGGUGGACAGGCUUCAGAGAGUGUGAGCUCCACGGAACUGCGGGGAUGAACAUGCCAUUGCACCAAAUCUCUGUCAUCCCUCGUGAUGUCACUUCCUCCCGGGUGUCCAGCAGCGGGAAGGGAAAGGAAAAGGACAAACAGAAUGAGAAAACGCUUGGUCAUUCUGCAAGCAGGUCCAGCAACAUUUCAAAGGCAGGAAGCCCAACCUCUGUGAACGCUCCCUACAGCUUCCCCAGGACUUCAGUGACGCCCUCGAACCAGGAUAUAUGCAGUUCUAAUGACCUCGCUCAGGACCUGGGCUCACAGAAGCCCUUACAGGCCACUGUAGUGCUUUUGAACUCUAAUGGUAAAAGCUCAGCAUCUCAGUGUGUCACCAUGACCACGCUCUGCCUGGACUCUCCCAUCAAACCCAAAAAUAGGACCUUGUUUGGCACAGAAUGGCUCUCUCUACUCAAGCCAUCAGUCAACUUGAAACCAGAAGGAGGCAGUCUCAAGUUCUCAAAGUCUCUGAAUGACGUGGGACAAAAGAUGGACAGCCUAUGCAGCGGCCUUCACUUCAUAGACCGCACUUGCUCGGACGGGGAGCUGGGAGUGGAGAACGAACAACUCAAGGAAGACGGCCACAUCAAAGCUCUCAAUGGUCAAGCCAACUCUCCCCCUCUGUUUGCUUCUCAGCCUCCAUCCUUCCUCAACAACUACAAAUACAUCCCCAACCCAAGGCCUGAGAACUGCCUGGCUCCUCCUGCUCCUCCACAUUCAGACCUUCAAAGAAGCUCCAAAUUCCUGCGCCUCAUCUUUCCGCUCACCCACUCUCUCACCGCCGGAAGUCUCCUGGCGUCUGAGAUGGAAAACUACGCUUCAAGGCUCCACAUCGCCAAGUCAUCCAGCGCCAUGCUGGACGCCGGUGAGUCUUGCUGUAUGGAGGAGAUGGGAGACGACGAAGUGUUCGAGGACAAUUCUUCUCGGUGGAAGCUCAAGACGGAGGGGUUUGAGGCUCCUCUUUGCGCUCUCGAGGAGGACAGCGACUUGGAUCAAUCGUCCUCUCCGUUGUCGGAAAAAAACGGGCCGUUGUCGCCCUACUCCCUGUCGGGGGACUGCUGCAGGAUUUGUCACUGUGAGGGGGAUGAUGAGAGUCCACUGAUAACCCCCUGUCACUGCACUGGGAGUUUGAGGUUUGUCCAUCAGGGCUGCCUGCAGCAGUGGAUCAAGAGCUCAGACACACGCUGCUGCGAGCUCUGCAAGUAUGACUUCAUCAUGGAGACCAAGCUCAAGCCCCUCCGCAAGUGGGAGAAGCUUCAGAUGACCGCCAGCGAGAGGAGGAAGAUCAUGUGCUCGGUCACUUUUCACGUCAUCGCCAUCACAUGUGUCGUCUGGUCGCUCUACGUCCUCAUUGACCGCACGGCAGAGGAGAUCAAACUAGGUUAUCGCACAGGACUAUUGCAAUGGCCUUUUUGGACCAAGCUGGUGGUGGUGGCCAUAGGCUUCACUGGCGGACUGGUGUUCAUGUACGUGCAAUGCAAGGUCUACAUCCAGUUGUGGAAGAGACUCAAGGCCUACAACAGAGUAAUAUAUGUGCAGAACCGCCCAGAGACCUGUAAAAAGAGUGUUUUUGAGAAGCCCUCUGUCCUGGAGCCCAACUUGGAGAAUAAAGAGGCGCUCGGGCCGGCGCAUUCGGACACAAACUCUUCCCAGUACACAGAGACAGAGGACUACAGUAUGGAGAUCCUGCACGUGUGAUCGCUCUUGCCCCACAUAUACCCUCCCCAACUCCCCCCCUUAGAGGACCGGCUGGGGGCGUCGCAUGCUCCGGGACACGUGGAUGCCACACAGCACUGGGCAAGAGGACUGAGACUGGACUUGUUUUGUCGUUUAGAUGUUAUUUUCUCUUCGUUCGUUUGUCCGAUCUGUUCCUGUAAGUUGUUGGCUAACCAUAACGAAUCGGUGUGCUCUAGAUCUCGGAUCAUUCCAACCACUGCCAUUGUACUGCUGUCGUACAAGAGUUGAAAUCCACGUGUGGACGCGUCUCCGUCUGGUUCUGAUGGAGUCGACGCAUAUAAGCACUUUUUAUUUCCCCGUCCUAAAGACCCCUGUUUUAAUAAUAUAUUCAGUUACUUUCUACCUGGAUAAGACAUUAAAACAAACUUGAAGUUUUGUGGGCGACACAUCUCACAUUUUAUAGUUGCAUUUGUAUCUCCACAGACCCGCUCGGAUGGAACAAAAAAAAAAAAGGAGCAAUGAGGGAACAUUUAUGUAUUGUUAUGUAUCUUCUUUAGAAAACUAUUUCAUCUUUAUGAAUUCAGUCAUUGUGAAAUUUACACGACAUUAUCAGCUGAUAAGGAAACGAUCUGGUUCGUUUGAUUACGGUAUUUAUCCGAUCAAGGGCUAGAUUUACUAAAGUGCGACGCUACGGUUCUUAGCUUGUGCAAAAAUGAUACCAUACUGUGACUAGUCACUGUCUGUGCUGCUGUUUUUUGCAUUUGCUGGAGACUUGAGUGCAUCAGUGAAAGACUUUAGUAAAUCAGGCCUUAAUGUAGUGUAUGUCGCGAAUGUAAAGAAUUCAAAUCUCUCCCUGAGGGAAAUGAACUCAAUUGUAGCAUCUUGAAUCAUGAAAGAGAUUUACCUUCAUUGGGAAUUUGACCGGCGGGAAACUUGGAAGGUAAUUAAAUAAUAAAGUUUUUCGAUUCAUUUAAUUUCAUUUCUCUUUUCUUUCAAGAAAUGGAUCAUCAAAUAUCUGCCCGCUUCUGGCAUUCCUGCACCUCUUCGGAGUUUAUUUUUAACUUGAAUAACAGAAAUGGUGUUUUAGCAAUGAUGACAUGAACUACUUAGCAGGACUGUUAAAACGUUCUGCUUGUUUUGGUUUGAAAAACAAUCAUAGCAAAUUUCCCAUAGGUGUUUUUUUCAGGUUCUAUAUUUAUUCUGAAUAUUGUAUAGCUUUUCAAUGGCUUUAAAUGUUGGAAAAUAGCCAUGUUAGUUUUGGCCCUCAUUCUAACAUAAUGCUUUUUUUUAGCGACCUGAACACACGACUUUGAUUGACGUCCUUGGCAGUGAUCACGUACAUGGGCGGCGCUUCUUAUAAACUCUAUUGGGAAUGAAUAAUUUCAUGAUCUGAUAUGUUCACAAGGUAUAGGAUACGUCUGCCAUCUAGAGCUACUGCACAGACAAUGCACAUUUUCUUUCUUUUUUCUGACUCUUCUGACUGGCUCUGUGCCGUUUGACCAAUAAAAUAUGUUCACAGUGCUAAUUGCAUAGCUUUUGUAUUCCUUAUCAAGUCUAUCUUUUUGUGAAGCUCAUCUUCCUAAGUUGGGUCUGUCUGUGUGCGACCAAGCAUAAUGUGCACUACAACAAUGAAUUAAUGCAACCCUGUUAACUCGAUAUAUGAAAAUAUUUAGAAUAAAACUACUGUCGUUGGGCUCGGCACUUAAAUGGUUUGCCAGGCCUCCUCGUGUAAAUCCUUAAUUAAAUCCCCAUAGCUGAGAGAUAUUUGACAUUUUCUCAAGAUUCAGUGGAAAACUAGUUUUGUUUCUUUGAUAGCAUAUUUGUAAAACAACGGGAGCUGGCUCCUUUUACUAGCUAGUGGUGGAAACACCUUAAUAGAUGCACAUUUUUCCAAAAUCUCUUUUUAGCACUGCUUCAUAUUUUGAUGGACGUGUUUUAAAGCGCAGUCAUUAUUCGUUUUGUUUCAAAGUGUUCAGUGCAUCAAACUUGCAGUGCAUUACUACUGAAUUGGCUUGAACAUGAAAAACAUGACUGUUUCUUGCAUCUCCUUGUAAUUUUUCUCUAGUCGUAAAUAGUUUCUCUAAGCAUUUUUGAGGAUUAAAAAAAAAACAACCAAAUAAAGGAAAUGUAGAAUUUUUCACCAGCCUUGUGUUGUAUAAGAUGUUUUUUGUUUUAUUUUUUAAAUGACUGUAAUAACAGUGAUUAAAGGUCUGAAAAAUGCCUGGAUAUGUUGAAAAUUAUUUCCCAUCGGAAAAUUCAAUGAAACUCUCAUUUAUACGUGUCGUCAAGGCCUUUUAUAAGCACUGUGUCAACUAGAUAACAUCGGUGGAUUUGAUCAAUUUCACUUUGUGGCUUUCUCAGUGGAUAAAUACUGGUUUUGUGAAACUGGAAAGGCUGUAAUUUACAUGUAUAGUUUUGUAUUUUAUGUAUGUUUCUCUUUUUUCUCCUCAGUAUUACCACCUUUAUCCGGAUGAUUUUAGUUCCUUCGCUGAGAUAUGAGUGACUACAUUUGUGCUGUGUUUUUAAGGGAGACUGAGUGGAGCAAUAAAAGAAAUCUUAAAUUA